GACGGGGGAAAAUAAAGAGCAGCAAACAAGGAGGGUCUGGAAAGAGAGACGCCCAAGCAAAACCUGAGGGAAAGAAACAGCAUAACAAUAUAUUUCAAAGGAGGAUAUUAGCAAUUGAUUCAUAAUGCUGCUGUUCAUCCUCCUAGGAACUGCAUUGUCUGUGACUGGGGCUGUGUGCGAUGAGAUUGUGGUGGAGGUCGGCUCACUGGCAGUGCUGCCCUGCACGGUGGGGUCUCCGCCUCAGGCUGCCAUCAGUGUGCAGUGGGUCAAGACCAACGGCAGGAGCCAGAACACAGUGUGGAGGAUCCAGCAAAGCGGGCUGGAGUUUCGAGGGAUUGAGGCGGUGCGGAGGUCCUGGUGCCCCCACAACGACAUCAGAAAGGGGAGCUUCAAUCUGCACAUUGAGAGUGUGAGGCCUGAGGACGGGGGGGAGUACAUCUGCAUCGCCAUGCGCGGAAAGGAAGUCCAGAGGCACGUUCUCCGCGUGAUUCAAGUGUCUUUCACUCCGGCUGUCCCACUGGAAGGCAGCAGUGCAAAAGUGACUUGCAAUGUCACCCCCUGGCCUGAGGAGGCGAUUGUGAGCUGGAAGCUUAAUGGAAGACCACUCUCCCCGCAGCAAACACAGAGUACCAUGAAUAAGAUGGAGCAGAAGAUUACGAGCAUGUCUCCACGGGAGAUGGGAAAUUGGACAUGCGCCGUCAGGCUCGAGAAGAAGGACGGAGAAGCAACUCAGUACCUUUCUAUGAAAGGCAUUUCCCGCCCCCUGGAGGAGAUCACACAGGUGUAUGGUGCAGUUGGCUCCCCCAUUGUGCUCCCCUGUGUGUACACUGAAGAGCUGACUCCCCAGAACACUGGCUGGCAGUGGAAGCCGAAUGGGGCCAGAUCCUUUCAACCUGUCCCUCCGACGCUCCGGCCCUCGGCACCGUCCCCUCGCCCGCAGUGGGACCGUUCACUGCGGGUGGAGAGCGUGGCGGCGGGGGACGGCGGGACGUACCGGUGUUUUGGGGAGGUGGGGGGCAGGAGGCUCCAGAGGCAGCUGCUGCUGGUGACGGCUCAAGUUCGAAGCGCAGCCCCGGUCAAACCCAACGCACCCAUGACUCUGACCUGCGAGCUCAGUGAUGACACAGGAGUGACAGGAUAUGAGUGGGUGCAGGUGACAUACGAUUCCAACGGCACACAAAGCGUGACCCCGAAGCAACGGACAAAGACCCUGAGGAUUCCGAAAAUGACUGAGGAGCACUCCGGUGAAUGGGUGUGCCGUUACAGUGGGAAACAAGGAAUUCUGGGAAACGUCACAUACCAUUUCCAGGUUAUGAGUCAUUUAGAGGGAGAUAAACUGGAAGGAUCUUCAAGCAGAGGUGUCAUGGCAACUGGCCUUUGCUUUCUCGUCCUGCUGUUGCUGUUAAUCGCCCUCCAGGCGUACAGAAACCAUCGCAGGCGGAAAAUGGCUUUGCAGUACCCUGCCCUCGAAACCAUUGUUCACACCGCCUCCAACGCUCGAGAGAGGAAAGAAAGAGACAGAGCGAGAGAUAAAAGUGCAGGGCCAUCAAACACAAAUUGAAUGCGAUUCAAACCAGCA